AUGCACAGAACACCCUUCCAGGCUCCUCCGCCUGCGCAAUCCCCUCCUCUCCACCAUCCCGUUCCUCAGCAUGUCUCCACGGUACCCAUGAUGCGCUCACCACCACCUCCCACCACCCAGCAACCGCAACAAUCCAGCUAUGGAAACCCGUAUCAGCCAGCUCCCGCACAGGGGGGUAGCGGCACAUUCGCGCCCAAUUUCGGCGGCUUCAUGACAGAUCCCACGACGCACAUGGGCUUUCAGGUUGGGAAAUCAGCCAUGAUGGCUGGUCAGGAAUAUAUGGAGCAGAAUCUUAACCGAUAUGUCUCGAUCCCGGCGUUGAAACAUUACUUCAACGUUUCCAACUCCUACGUAAUUAAGAAACUCGGCCUCGUUCUCUUUCCCUGGCGCCACAAACCCUGGUCUCGACAGCAAGGACGCCUCUCUUCCUCAACGACCGGUCCCAAUGGCCAGAUUUCUCAGGCCCAAUACACCUCAAUUUACCUCCCACCUCGCGAUGACAUCAAUUCCCCUGAUAUGUAUAUCCCUGCCAUGGCGUUGGUGACGUAUAUCCUACUUUCCGCUGUCCUGGCCGGCUUCCGUGGUAGCUUCCACCCGGAGCUGUUGGGCUCAAUAACUACAACAGCACUGGCCGUUGUGAUAUUUGAGAUCAUUUGCCUAAAAGUUGCAAUGUACAUUCUCAGCAUCAGUAACGACUCUCAACUCCUGGACUUGGUCGCCUAUUCCGGAUAUAAGUUCGUCGGCAUCAUUCUCACUCUAGUUGCGGCGGAAACCCUAAGCCCGGGACGAGGCACUGGAGGCUGGGUCGGAUGGCUUGUUUUCACCUAUACCUUUCUCGCAAAUUCCUUUUUCUUGCUCCGUUCCCUGAAAUAUGUCCUCCUGCCCGACUCUUCAAGCGAUGGCCCGAUCCGUGGAGGAACUAUGCCCACUGUAGCCCGCUCCCAACGGAACCGACGUACCCAAUUUCUUUUCAUAUAUUCCUACAUCAUGCAAUUCCUCUUCAUGUGGGUCCUCAGCCGGCUGGAUCCCAUCACAUCAACAUCCGCUCCGAAGACCAAGCCUCCCACUGUUCCCGCAUAAGCGAGGAAUCUCCAAAUAAUGACCUAGAGAUUUUCAGCUUCCCUUCCCCUUUUCCUAAUGUGUGUUGGCAGGUAAUUAAAAAGGAUGCGAAACAAAAAGGAGCGUGCAUGGACUGUUGCAACCAGUUUCCGAACCUAACUGGUGUACGAGUAUAUUUUAAUCGGAUGAUUGUCCAACUUUGGUAAGGUCUACAUGUUUACAUGUGGGUGUCGUGGGCUAAAGUUCUAUUUUGGCUUGUGUGAUGUUAUUGGGCUCGCAUUAGUUCAGCUAUGUUUUAUUUCACAUAUUCUAACACCUUUGUCCAAACCUGGUGCUCUUUCGCGAUUCAGAUUCUUCUCAUAUUUAAUACCCACCCCUUGCUGAUCUUUUACUCCAGUGGCGCAACUACACUUGCCUAUAUACCUCUACAACUUGCGCAGCUAGGGAAAGCUUAAGCAAACCUGUUAA